AUGGAUAGUGCUUGCCUUGGACAAAGGAACGUACCAUCUGAUGAUGGUAUUGAUGGUGGUUUCUGGAGGAGUACUUGCUACCAAGAAGAUGAUUAUCAAGAAAGAGAGAGGAUAAGAAGAAUCCGAUAUUAUGAGUCGAUUGAAAAAUAUUGUGCACAAGAACAUCAAGGUCCCUUCAAACCAAGUCAAGAAGCUAUUGCAAAGACAAUGAUGAUUAAAGAAAGAACAAGACUUUGUCUAGGUGAGCAAAAGAGACUUGAAGAAGAAAAAGCUAAAGAAGUUCAACGGCAGUUGAAUACAAGUCUUGAGUAUACGAAAUUGUUGGUGCUUGAAGAGCAAAAACAAGCUCAAGCUAGAGCUAUUGAAUUACAAAGGCUUGAAGAGUUGCAACGUGCAAAAGAAAAAGAACUUGAAUUACAAAGUUUUGAGGAGUUGCAACGUUCAAAAGCAAAAGAGCUUGAGUUGUAG